GCGCCAUGGCGGCGGCCCUCGGGGCGCGAGGGGCGCAGGAGCCGGAGCCUGGCGGCCGAGUCCUCAGAUUCUCAGCUGUUGCAGACAGAAGAGAGGAACUAGAUUCUACUUGACCUUAAAAAAGCAGGAUGGUCGGAGUUAAAUGAGAGAGAUGCCAUCUACAAAGAAUUUGCCUUCAAAAAUUUUAAUCAGGCUUUUGGCUUUAUGUCUCGAGUUGCCCUACAAGCAGAGAAGAUAAAUCACCACCCGGAAUGGUUCAAUGUGUACAACAAGGUCCAGAUAACUCUUAUAUCACAUGACUGUGGUGGACUGACCAGAAGAGAUGUGCAGCUGGUGAGAUUCAUUGAAAAAGCAUCUGUUUUUGUGUGAUUUCUUCUAAAAUGCAUGUAAAAUAUUAUAACCAUCUUAGCUGCAAUAUAUUUUGAAGGCAACUUGCAUCAACAAGUUCUAUUGCAAAUUAGUUCACCUUUAUACAUGUUGUCUAAUCAGUGCUUAAAUAUAAAA